CCGUCGCUGUGGCGUUGGAUGCAGCUCAUUAAUGGCGGAACUCCCCCUCGAUCACGGCCUAUAAAUCCAUGGGUGCCCCCGAGCGGCAGAGCCCGGCAGCUUGUGUUGCGCGGGCCAUCCAUCACCAUUACUAGGUUGUAGAGGGAGCUUGCAGUCAAAGGACAUGGAGGUGCAGCCGGAGCUGUCGCUGGGGCCGGGGGCGCUGGGGAUGCCGGCCGGCUUCGCGGCCGCCAAGGGCUCGAGGAGCUCGUCCUCGGACUCGGACGGCAGCGCUGCCGUCGGGAGGAAGAGGAAGCACUUCGCCUGGGAGGAGGCCGUGUCCCAUGCCGGAGACCUGGAGCUCCAGCUCGGCGACCCACUGCCGAUGGACUGGGAGCAGUGCCUCGACCUGCAUUCCGGGAGGAUGUACUACCUGAACAGGAAGACCAUGAAGAAGAGCUGGGUGAGGCCGAGGUCCACCGAGGAGGAGCUGGGAGCCCUGAACCUGGAGCUCAACAUCUCCACGGCCCCGUCCGCCGUUGACGGCAAGGCGAGCCGCGUCGCCGCCGCGGACAACGCCAGGAGCAUGAGCAACUGCGGUAUCGCCUCCGGCGGCCACUUGGUGGCCGUGCCGUGCGCCAACUGCCACCUCCUCGUCAUGCUCUGCAAGGCCUCCCCGGCGUGCCCCAACUGCAAGUUCGUGCAGCCGUCGUCGGUGCCGCGGCGGGCGGCGCCUCCCCACCGGCUCGAUGCCGGCAAGCCGCUGGAGACCCUGAGCCUCCUGCACUAGCCUGCGCCGUGCAAGGAGGUGGCUAGCUGUAGGAAGGGGAGACGGCAAGUGAAAAGCGAAACUGAAACUUGGUUACUCAAUACUAGAUGGGGAAUGUGUGGGUAUAACUGUAACGGUACUGCACAUGCUACAAUGCUUCAAUGCAAGUGAGGCGAUCAAGUAGUAAUCAAUCAAGCGAAAAUCAUUUUCGAUCGACAUGACACAGAUUAAAAUGU